AUGAAGAAUCUGGAUGAGCAGUACGAAGCAACGAAAGUGGCGAUCAGAAGCUCAAUUUUGACGCGCCCCUCGAAGAAAGGCAACCCAUCAAACAACGCAACAACGCAGAGCUCAGACAAUCCUAGAAGCGGAGGUGCCCAUAACUACCAAGUAGGCACCGGACGCGGGAGAGGAGAGCCGCGCAACAACACUUGGGUAAGAAAGCCCACCAACUACGACGAAAAGGCUUUCUGCGAAUAUCUCCAGACCUACGGGCAUUCAACGGCACAAUGCCGAAAUUUAGGAGCGAAACUCGCGGCUAAGAUGGCGGCAGGAGAACUCCAGAACGCGGUUAAACUCAAAGACCUCGUCCCUAAUGAACCAAAAGAAGGUGCCGAGCCGAGCGGUGAUAACACCAAGCGCGAUAGGAGAGGCGAACCCGAAGAGCGACCCGAGCCGAGCCUAUCAGCGCUGAGCCGAAGCAAAGGAGAAUUGGACGGAACCGACCGACAUCCGAAUACAGUGAUCUUCUUUGCCGAGGAGGAAACGGCAGGAAUCGACAGACCCCACAACGAUCCGCUGGUGAUUGAAUUAACGAUCAAGGAUCACGAUGUGGCGAGGGUGCCCAUUGAUACUGGGAGCUCGGUGAACGCUAGGGAGACACUCAGAAGGAUGGGAAUCGAUCUCUCCGAAGUGACGGCGAUCCCCAAACCUUUAACCGGAUUUUCAGGGGAAACAACGAUGACUAUGGGAACGAUCAGGCUCCCUGUGGUAGCUGGCAAAGUCACUAAGAUCGUCGAAUUCUGCGUCACCGAUCACCCAGCAAUCUACAACGUGAUUAUGGGAACUCCAUGGAUCAACGGGAUGAGGGCGGUCCCUUCCACCUAUCAUCUCUGCCUCAAAACGAUAUGGGGAAAUCAGAAGGAGUCGCGAACGUGCUGCUUAGCGGAGCAAAAGCUGAGGAAUCCCGUCGCCAACGCACGAGCGGACGUAGAUCGCAAAAAGAUGAAGACAGACCGAGAGCCUGCGAACGAGCUCUCGAAACUCUUAUAG